CCUCAGCCCCUUGUUUCGGUGUGCCAUCACGGUGGUACCCACGUGCUGGGUACGACGCCGGGAUCAUGACGCUUCACUAAGUAUAUGCCUCCUCCUACCACUUGAACCAGUAGAUGCACGUCAGCAAGGGAGAAGAUCAGAUCAUUAUGGCGUUUCUCGAGCUGCUCACCUUCACCAACGCCCUUCUCAUCCUCACAGUCGGCCUCGGCCUGCUCGUGCUUUAUGUGUUGGUAGAACGGUGGUUGCAGACCAGGGUGCUCUCGACCAUCCCGAGCCCAGACGGUAAUGUCUGGCUAUGGGGCCGGCCGGGCCUGCCGCCGAACGCGAUAGAUGUCAUGCGACGGUGGGCCCAGGAGUACGGCGAGCUGUUUAGGCUGCGGAUCGGGUGGUACGACUGGGUUGUGAUCAACAGCCCGGAGGCAUUCAAGGAGAUCUUUGACAAGCAGUCAAUAGCAACCUCGUCCAAAAUCCCCGCUCCCAUCGGCCAUGACCUCGUCACGGGCGGUCUGCGGAUGUUCACCAUGCCGUACGGCCCGCACUGGCGUGCCCACCGCAGCUUUAUGCACCGGCUGCUGGCGCCAAAACCGACGCUCGAAUUUGUCCCGAGCCAGGAGUUCGAGGUCAAGCAGUUCCUGUACCAGCUGGCCUUUGACAACGAGGACCAGGCCGCCUUCUUCCAUCACGUGCGGCGCAUGUCCUUUUCCAUCGUCACCACCUCAACGUACGGCCGGCGCAUCGAGUCGCAGGACCAUCCCGAGCUGCGCUUUGCCGAGGAGUCGUCGGCGCUCCUGGGGCGUAUCACCCGCCCGGGGGCCUUCAUUGAGGAUGAUAUCCCGCCUCUGGCCAAGUUUUUGCCAGAGCUUUUGCAGCCGUCGCGUCGACAGGCGAAGAAGUAUGCUGAUAUCAUCUUGCGUGGCAAGAUGCGCUCCUGGAACCAGCUCAAGGAUGAGAUCAAGGCCGGGGUUGCGGCGCCGAGCUUUGGGCGGGAUCUGGCCGAGAGCGAUCUCUGGGAGCAGGGGCUCACGGAUGAGGAUGCCGCGUGGAUCACUGGAGGCCUAGUCGAAGCCGGCGCCGAGAUCACCUCUGUCGUGAUCCAAAACCUGAUUCUCUAUCUCGCCGCAACCCCAGCAGCACAGCAAGAAGCCCACCAAGAACUAGACUCCGUCCUGGCCAACCGCCCCCCGACAUUCUCCGACCUGCAGAACCUCCCCUACAUCCGGGCGUGCGUCAAAGAAAUCCUCCGGCUCUGCCCCGUUCCAACAUGGGCCAUCAAGCACUUCACCGACGCCGAGGUGCGGUACAAACAUCACCGCAUCCCCAAGGGAACCGUCAUCCUCGCAAACACAUCCUUCAUGCACUGGGACCCAGACCGGUACCCGGAACCCCACGUGUUCCGUCCCGAGCGGUACCUGGGGCAUAACAAGACCUCGGCGGAAUAUGCUGUUGCCAGUGAUCCCAGGCAACGGGAUCAUUUCACGUUUGGCGGGGGAAGACGCAUGUGCCCUGCCAGUCGUCUCGCGGAGAAUACGCUCGAUAUUACGGUGGCGAAUAUGCUCUGGGCGUUUGAGCUCCGGCCGCCUUUGGUCAAGCAGGAGGAUGGGAGGUUGGUUGAGGGGGUGGUGGAUACGAGUGAUAAUGCGUUCCAGCCGUCGGCGUUUCGUGGGCCGAAGCCUUUCCGCGUAAGGUUUGUGCCGAGGAGUGAGGAGCGGUUGGAGAUGGUGCGUGAGCAGUGGGAGAGUGCGAGGGAGACGGGUUAUGUGCUGCGUGGGCAGAAGGUGCAGGUUGGAGGGGCGAGGGGGAAGGAGUGAGUUCAAGGGAACUACUAUAGUAAGUAGGGAGAGGAAGGGGAUUAUUUGACGUUAAGUAAGGUACCUUACCCAGAUUGAUCAUUGUAUGUGGAAGGGUUUGGGGGCGGUUGGAUCUGAUAUGGGAUUGAUGGUUGUAGAGCGUAGUACUUGAUGGCUUCAAAGUUUCAGGGGGCUCAUUGAAUCGGUCCAUCAUCUUGAUGUCGGAGAGGU